AUGGUUGCUGGCAAAGUAAUAGUCUAUGGUGGACGCGGUGCUCUCGGUACUGUUGUUGUAGAGCAUUUUAAGAAAAAUGAUUUCGUGAGUUUUGCUUCCAGUCAUCAGUUUUUACCGCCAAUGAUGCUGCAGAUGCCAAUGUGA